AGAUGCGUAGAAGAAUCCAAAAAUAGGCAUAUCGCGCACUUGGUCUUCCUCUUUUCCCAGGCGCUCAUAGAAGAGAUCAGCCAUGUUUACGGCUAGCGCUAAGAUAAUUAAGCCACAAGGCGAAACUGCCGAUGAAUUCGAGCAGAGUAUCUCCCAGGCUAUCCUGGAGUUGGAAAUGAACUCUGAUUUGAAGGCCCAACUUCGUGAGCUUUACAUCUCUGCUGCAAAGGAAGUUGAUGUUGGUGGUAAGAAGGCUAUCAUCAUUUUCAUUCCUGUUCCACAAGCACGAGCAUUCCAAAAGAUCCAGAUCCGCUUAGUGCGUGAGUUAGAAAAGAAGUUCAGUGGAAAGCAUGUGGUUUUGGUUGCACAGAGAAGAAUCCUGCCCAAACCAACAAGAAAGUCAAGAAACCAAAAGCAAAAGCGACCAACAAGCCGAACACUCACAUCUGUGCAUGACGCCAUUCUUGAGGACCUCGUCUUCCCUAGUGAAAUUGUUGGCAAGAGAAUCCGGGUUAAACUUGAUGGCUCACGUCUUAUCAAAGUACACCUUGACAAGGCCCAGCAAACAACUAUUGAACAUAAGUUGGACACAUUCUCAUCAGUAUACAAGAAGCUAACAGGAAAGGAUGUUGUAUUUGAAUUUCCAUCUUAUGACUAAGCUGUAACAUGGCAAAAUAAAAUGAUAUCUUACCCUUUUGGGCUGUAAAUCCAUAAAAAA